AUGACUUCUUCUUUUCCCAUCGCUUGUUCGGCAUUGGUGGUGGCGAACAGGAAUAAGAACAAGGCAUUUUUCGCCUCCUUUUCUUCGUCUUCAUCGCGUGAGAGAAGAAAAACAUCGUCGUCAAAAGUGUUUCCCAUCGGCGCUUCAAAGUCCUCGGGAAAUUCGAAUGCAACAACAACAACAAGACUAAAAACACCAUCGAAGACGACGAUUCAGACGAAAAGGAAAGGAACGACGAGAAGAAGAGCGAGCUCUGAAAAUGACGUCUUUCAGGAGGAGGAGUUGGAGGAGGAGAAAGAAGAAGAAGAAGAAUCGACUUUAUUCUACCCCGCGCGGUUAGAUGUCGUCCCUGCCUUUGUAGGUGGCCUCAACCCGGUGAACAGUUUCUUGUCUUAUUUCUCAGGCGCGGUGUUGACGCAAGGGACGGUGAAGACGACGACGCAAUGGACACUGUUUGUGGUUUUACCGAUAUUGUUUGUUAUGUAUUUGGUGAGGAAGUGGAGAUAUGAGGGUGAUGUAGAGCGACGGAUUUUGUUGUCGGCGUCGAGCGGCGACGACGGUAGGAAUAGCGGUAGCAGCGGUAGCGGUAGUAGUAAUGAUGAUAAAACGAGCAGCGGUGGUGGUGCGAAUAACGCGAGAACAACACCCACGAUGAAGAUGAUGUCGUAUUCGCGGUCCAUGCGAGGCAGGUGGUUGGACGUGCACGUGUGUUACGCGUUUUUGUUGCCGGCUGGGAUUUCAGCCGGGGAGCACUCGUCGUAUUGGUUGGUUUUAGCGCCGGCGUUUAUGUUGUAUCGGUUUUUGUGUCGCGAAGAGAGAGUGACAAAAAGUAGUGGGGAAGAUUUUAACGCGACGACGACGACGACAAAGAGACCGUUGUUGUUCUCGUCGUCCUCGUCGUCGCCAUUUUUUGCCUUCCUUUCGCCAGUUGGUCGCGGAUGGAGCGCGUUGGCGUUGAUCCUGCGACGCGCGCACAAAUACGCGAAAAUCGUCCUCGCCUCGUUGGCGCUAGCGCUCUUGGUCGCGUCCGGAUCCGCGACGUUGCACCAAUCGUUAACCGCGUUGAGCGGAGGUGGGAUGGCUUUGCGCGUUUUGUUGAGUCCGUUUGCAAUUGGCGUCGCUUUUCUCGGUUAUUUCGCGCCGGCGGCUUUAUUGCCUCGGUACAUAUCGCGCGUCUUUUCGAGAAAAGUCAUCUCCGCCGACGAGGAAGAAGCGACGAGGAAAGCGCGGCUCACCAAAGAAGAACGCGUUGAGCUCGAAACCAAACGAGAAACCGAAAAGAAAAACCGAAAGUGGUGGCUACUCAUCGGUUUCAUUGCCAUGGGCAUUUCAGCGUUCACGGGUUCAGAUUUACCCAUCGUCCUCGCUUUCGCGGCGCAGUUACUGAAGGCGAAUCCGGACGCUUUGCUCACCGCGAUGGCGGAAAAAGGUGGCAUGGUGGAGUUUGAAACCAAAAUAGCGGACGCCUUCGACCGAGUCGUGCUUUCAAAGAAAGAACGUGAAAGGGAAAGAGACGAAAACGAAAACGAAAGCGAAAACGAAACCGGCGCUAAAUAA